AGAUAUUUCUACACUUCUUCCUCUGGAGUCUCAAACUUUCCAGAGUUUGUAGCUGUUGGUUUGGUUGAUGAUGUUCAGAUGAUUCACUAUGACAGCAACACAGAGAAAGCAGAGUUUAAGCAGCAGUGGAUGGAGAAAGCUGCAGAAGAUGAUCCACAGUAUUUGUCCCGCCAGACUAACAGGCUCAUGAACACCCAGCAGGUCUUUAAAGGCAACAUCGACACUUUGAAGCAGCGAUUCAACCAAACUGGAGGCGUUCACAUUAAUCAGAUGAUGUACGGCUGUGAAUGGGACGAUAAAACGGCUGAAGUUAACAGCUAUCAUCAGUAUGGCUAUGAUGGAGAAGACUUCCUAGCAUUUGACCUGAAGACAGAGACAUGGAUCGCUCCAGUAAUGCAGGCUGUAAUCACCAAACACGAGUGGGACAGUGACAGAUCUCUUUCAGGUGAUCUGAGGAACUAUCACACCAAGCUUUGUCCUGAGUGGCUGAAGAAGUACGUGAACUAUGGGAGGAACUCUCUGAUGAGGACAGGUAAAAUCACAUGA